AUGGCUGACUCUGCUAUCCGUCCAUUCAGAGUUGAUAUCCCAGUCGAGGAAGUCGAACGGUUGCAGCGAAAGUUGAAAGAUACCCGUUUACCAGGACGGAGUAUAGUUCCUGAUGCUGGGACCAGCUAUGGCCCGACCUACAAAUGGGCAGAGGACCUAUACAAUGCCUGGAUCAAUGACUUCGACUGGUUCGCUGUCCAGAAAGAAAUCAAUGAGUUCCCUCAUUACAUAACCUCAAUCGAGGAUAUCAACAUCCAUUUCCUACAUGCUCGUGCGGAAAAAACAGAUAGCAUACCUCUACUUCUGAUCCACGGCUGGCCAGGUUCAUUCUGGGAAUUCAGCCAAACAUGGGGUCCUCUAUCUCACCCUGCUAAUAAGGACGACAUAUCAUUCCACGUUAUUGUUCCAAGCAUGCCCGGAUUCUGCUGGUCAGACUGGCCACCGCGGUCAGGCUGGAAACUCCAAGAUAAUGCAAGAGUAUUCGACAAGCUAAUGAAGAGACUCGGGUACGAUGAGUACAUGGUCCAGUGUGGCGACUGGGGUCACUUUGUCGGACGUGAGCUUGGGUCGAAGUAUACAGAUUCUUGCAAAUUGCUGCAUUGUAAUUUUGCGCCGAGUCCACUGCCUGAUGGAGUGGAGUAUACAGAGAGGGAGAAAGCAGUUGCCGGUCGGGUUGAUGACUGGUUGGAGAAUCAUAUUGGAUAUGCCGUCUGCAUGCGGACGAGGCCACACACGAUUGGAAUCGCUCUGAAUGACAAUCCAAUGGGCAUCCUAAUGUGGGUUGGAGAAAAGUACAACGAAGCCGCAGAUCCAAAUACCCAAAGGCAGCCAUUCUGGACAAAGGCCAUUCUCACCACAGCUUCGUUAUACUACUUUACAGACUGCAUCAUGCCAUCAAUGUUAUGCUACUACGAGAAUCUAUCACACGACCACUUUGCUGAGUUUGCCAUGAAGCCGGAGAAUCGUAUUCGCAUUCCAUUCGGGUAUACGUCGUUUUUCUGGGAUACAGAGCCUUCGUCUAAGAGGGCGGUUGAGAGGACUGCUAAUUUGGUCUUUUAUAAAGAACGUGAUAAUGGUGGUCAUUUUGCUGCUCUCGAAUGUCCGGAUGGACUAGCACAGGAUAUAAGAGAGCUGGCAGCACAAGAAUGGGGAAAGUGGUAAUUAGUCUAUUAUAUGCAGCGUCGUAUCUGAAACAUAUGCGAAACAUGGCCGAUGACAGCUCCAGUCGUGCUCAAGAUCUUCGGAUGGUGAAAAGCAGACAAUGCCUCAGAAUCCAGUGUCCCAAUAUCAAGCUGUUUUAAUAUCUCCACCACAGCCGAAUAGAGAAUAUCGAUAUUCCCA